AUGGAAAGAUUAACAGAAUCACGCCCUCAAGGUGCGCUUUGCACCGAAAUUUCCCGUAAGACAAAAGGCGGAUGCGACGCGGCGACGCCCACGGGCAAGCGUGCGCUGCACGUGCGCGGCGACGCUGGAGCGGCCGCCCUUGGUAUUAAUGCGAAAUUACGAGCCAAACCGCAAAACGCCAUGGCGCGACGCGUUGAACGCUUCGCCCUUCAGUCGGUAGCCCGUAGCAUUCUCCCAACAAGCCGAACGGCUAAAUGCCUCCGCAUACGCGCCUUUGAUCGUGAUGUGCAGGUCUGGAAGUCCAAAGAACACAAAACCGCCAGCUAUGCAGGCUUGCAGACAUGCGGGAGCGUCUGGACAUGCCCUGUUUGUGCCGCAAAGAUCGCAGAACGCCGCCGCGUCGAACUGUUGGAUGCAAUGGCCAUGCACAAGGCCGCAGGCGGCUUUGUUUACCUCCUGACCCUCACCACCCCCCACCAGCGUGGCGAUGUCCUCUCUGAGCUUCAGGAGCAGCAAGGAAAGGCUCUACAAGGCUUCUUGCGUGACCGGAAGGUCAAGGAAGUUUUCGAGGAAAUGGGCUACAUCGGCCAAGUGCGCGCCCUUGAAGUUACCCACGGGCGCAAGGGCACAAACAACGGCUGGCAUCCACAUUUCCACAUCCUCCAGUUUUGCCAAGUCGAUGGCAGCGAAGCUGACCGCAAGGACUGGACUGUGCGUCUGUAUCUGCGCUGGUCUGUGUACUGCGAAAAGCAGGGGCUAGGCACUCCAAGUUUUGCCCACGGUAUCAAACUCGAUACAGGUGAUAAAGCCUCGGAUUACGUCACCAAAUGGGGUCUUGAGGACGAAAUGACAAAAGGCCACAUCAAGAAGGCCAAAGCAGGCGGGGAAACGCCUUUUGACCUGCUGCGUGCUGCGUUGGCAGACAAGCAGGACAAGCAAGCAAUGGCUCUGUUCAAAGAGUUCGCGGAAUGCUUCAAAGGCAAGCGGCAGCUCUCCUGGUCGAAUGGUCUGAAGGCACGUUUCUAUCUGGACGAAAAAACCGACGAUGAGCUUGCGAACGAGAAGGAAGAUCGGGCAGUUUUGCUGGGUCUGCUUUCUGUCGAUCAAUGGCGCGAUGUGUUGAAGGUCGAUGCGCGCUCUACAGUUUUAGAACUGGCAGCGCAUAGCGGGUGGGAUGCAGUCCAAAAUUUCCUGUACAUCAUCAAAGACGCCCACGCCCCUGACAAACUGGCCUGCCCUGUCACGCUGGACAUGGUUUCAGAGGCGCGUGAGCUGCUUCUGAGCACGUAA